CAAAACAGGAAGUAGGCCAAGGUUUGUUGUGGACCGUGUUGAUUUAGCGUCAUACGCUAAAGUCCAGAGAAAGCUCAUGGUUCAAAAAAAGAACACCGGGGAGGAGACAGCUGUGAAACAGUGAGUUACCGACAUGAGCGGGAAGCAAGACGUCAGUUUUGACCCAAAAGAGCACCAGCACUUGCGUUACAACCCUCUUAGGGACAGCUGGGUUCUUGUGUCCGCCCACCGCAUGAAGAGACCUUGGGCAGGUCAAGUUGAAAGACCACCUGAGGAGCACAUACCAAGAUAUGACCCAAAUAACCCACUUUGUCCUGGGAACAAAAGGGCAAAUGGAAAGGGGAAUCCAGAUUAUGACAGUACCUUUGUGUUUGAGAAUGACUUCCCCGCUCUUCAGCCUGACGCUCCAGACCCUGGUUCAGACCAAGAUCCAUUAUUUCAGUCUAAAGCUGCAAGAGGUGUCUGUAAGGUCAUGUGUUUCCAUCCCUGGUCAGACGUCACGCUCCCUCUCAUGAAAAAAGAAGAGGUUGUAAACGUGAUAGACAAGUGGGCGGAGCUUGUUGAGGAACUAGGCACUAUAUACCCAUGGGUUCAGAUCUUCGAGAAUAAGGGUGCUAUGAUGGGUUGUUCAAAUCCACAUCCUCACUGCCAGGUGUGGGCCAGCAACUUUCUUCCUAAUGAGCCGGCCCUGUCAGACCGCUGUCAGAGAGCAUACUAUCAGAAACACGGAGAGCCAAUGCUGCUGCAAUAUGCCAAACGGGAGGCUGAGAAAAAGCGUGCGAAGAAGUGGUUCAGCUCCUCCGCAAGCUCCGCGUUACCCUCAGUCAACGUGGUAUUGCCAGGUCUGGCUGCCAUUAUGAAGCGACUACUGACCAAAUAUGACAAUCUGUUCGAAGUCUCUUUUCCAUACUCCAUGGGCUGGCAUGGAGCGCCUACUGGCCCAUAUUUAAAAGAAGAUAACUCCCAUUGGCAGCUUCAUGCUCACUACUACCCACCUCUGCUGCGUUCAGCAACAGUUAAGAAGUUUAUGGUGGGUUAUGAGAUGCUUGCCCAGGAGCAAAGAGAUCUCACCCCUGAACAGGCUGCCGAGAAGCUAAGAAACCUGCCAGAAGAGCACUAUAAAACCAGAUAGAUCCAUGAAAACCAGAGCAAGAAAGGCACUGAAUUGUAAAAAACUGUGUGAAGGUUGGAAGAGGUGUAUUUAAAAGAUUUGUUAUUUUAAAAAAACAAAAGGCAUUUGCAAGAGACAAAAACCCCGUCUCAGAGUUACAUGUUUAAGUACCAUUUCCGACACAGGGCCGAAAGCUUUUUCUACAUGCACCGAUCAAAGGAAUAUGCGAAUAUUUUCUAUUUUCAGUACACAUGCACAAAAUUUGGUACUGGAUUUCUGACUGUAAUAAAGGACUUUAAAUAAAA